AGAAUAGGCUAUUGGAGAAGCUUUCGAUUAGGAAUGACCCAAUGUUGUUGGAGUGCGGUAUAGGAUUUCGGAAUGAACCUUCUUAUGGAAACUACUCACCCUCCUUCAACGAAAGCAACCUGGGGGAAGUGAAGCAUGACUUCAUUAAUUUUGAAUUAACAUUUUCACCACGGAAGGAGUUGUUCAAUGAGGUCCCAGGAAACACUGACCCAAAUGCUUUUUCCUGUGAACCAUCUAAUUCAGAGAAUGGGAAGACCAUGGUUGAAAUGGACAAGGAUUUCAACGAAUCUCUUGCUAAAGUUAGACCUCCUGAGAAAGAAAAGAAGGAGGUGGAGAAAGGGAAGGAGAAGGAUAUUGUGGAUGAAGUCACGACUCAUGAACCUAGUAUCCCGGGGAUUACGGUUGAUCAUGUUGUACAUGAAAUAGAGGAAGAUGAUAAUGAGAAGAUCGAUCCUCCCACUCUAAGGAGAGAGAAGGAGCUCUGCAAAUUGGACAACUUGUUUCAGAAUAUGAUUCACACAUACAAUGAAAGCAAUUACUACCAAAUUGGAGCAUUCAAAUUGCGGAGGCCGUUGGCCCUGGCGAGUUUCGAAAUCGCACUUUUCAUUUUUGACUUCAGUUUGUCUUUGACUGAGGUGUUGGUAGUAAAUCCAAUGGCAAAGUUGGAACGUUGGUACUUUAGGAGCCUUAGGCCUGAAGCUCAUGUGGACAUGAAGAUUAUUGAUGCUUUUGCUCAUGUACUACGAUUUACACAUAAAGAGAAGUGUGACAAAAUGGAGGAUAUGAGAACUCUAAUUUUGCCCACCUUUCAUCCCAAUUUGGAAAGUGGUCAUGGUCGGAACUUUUGGGAGAUGGGGGAUUUUGGUUUUCUUGGUGUACCUGUCGAUGUUACUUUGGUUCUAAAUAAUGCCGAAAAGGUAUUCCAAGCCUUCCUUAUGCAAGUUAUUUAUUUUCUUUGAAUAAUUCACUUAUCUAAUCAUCUGUUUUUGGGUAUGAGUUAACUUAGAUCCUAGUGCCUAUGAAGGACAUCGAAUACAAUCACUGGAUA